AAUUAUUAAUUAAAUAGAACAAUGAUCUAAUUGAACUCAUUCUUCUCUUUCUUGUUACGAUCCAAACGUUUUUCUUCGAGUUUCCUCUCCACGCCGAGUGAUGUCCGGACCUGAAGAAUUAGAAGCGGGAGCCAGUGAUAGCAACGCCGGUGGAUCGUCCCGACAAGGACAAGAGCAAGAACGAGUUGAGCCAGUAUUGGAAGGAGUUCCGCAGCCAAAUGAUCAGGAGAGCGCAGAUGAGGAUCUCACUGCCAGGCAGCCACCGAUUCAACCACAAGUUCCAAACGCAUCCGAUAACCUGCAAGUUCCACCAAAUUUGGAAUACUUGAUAGCAGUGAAUCCCAGUCAACUGAUCACCACUAUUCAAAUUGGAGCAGAAGUAGCACGACUAGAAGAAUUGGAAGAUGAAUAUCGGCAGGAGCUGGAACUAAUUAGAAUGACAGAAUCACUUGGAGAGGAACUCUUACAAAAAGAAAACGAACUCAGAAGUCGAGCUGGAUAUCUUGGAAGGCUAGAUGUUCUUGAAAAUCGGAGAAACUACGAAGACGAGGCUGCCGAAAAUUUGGCUAUCCGAACUGUGCAAAACCGAGUGCUUCUACUGAGAAGGGCGCGGGCCGAACUGUAUGAAAGGGAACGAAUCGCCCGAAAAACCUUUAUUUGGAGAUUGAGAAGAUUUAAAAAUCCAACAGAUCAAAGUGUUAAUACUUGGAUGGAAACUCUGAAUGAUCGGUUGAACCGUGUCGCAAAUUCCUGGGAAAGACGACGGGAGCCGCAUGAACAAGCGAUUCGAGACUAUGAGCGUUUAGUAGCUACUCGACAACGUACCGAAGAAGAUCGUCGCAGGGAACGUGCAUCAAAUCGGGCCGGUCCUUCGAACCAAGAAGAUUACGAUUCUGAGGAUGAAGAUGAACAUCAUGUCGAUGAAUUACCAGAUCUUCUUGAGCUUCUGAGUCUUGUGGUCAACCCUGUUAUAGGUGGCGGAGGAAUAUCAACUAAUCGUGCAGAAUAUUUAAAUCCGCGUGGAACAGAAGGCUUGGGUGCUGAUGAUCCUGAUUUGAACGAUAGUGGAGGAACUGUGUAUCAGAGUGACGAAGAGGAAUCAGAGGAUGAAGCAGAGAUUGAUCAUCAGGAAGGUCCAUCGAAUUGGAGGCCCAAGCGACCACGUCGUGAUGAUGAUGAAGGAGGAUCGGGAAGCAGCGCAAGCAUGUGGAAUGCUCCAUCCACAUCUUCCCAGGCUCUUGGAAGAAGUUGCUAAAAUAAUGAUGAACUCAAGUUGAUACUAAUUUAUUUUAAAUCUUUAUUUUAUAAUCCAGUCUGUUUAUUUUUUAAUAUCAAUUUUCUUUGAUGUAUCUUAUUUAUUUUAUUUCAUUUCAGGUAAAUAUUGAUUAAAUAUUGAUUACGACCUUUAUUUUCGAUAGCAAUUUUGACAAAAAACGAUAAAAAAUGAUAUGAAA